AGCCCAAAUGAAACGCCUAUAUAAGAAAAAGCGCGCUCAAAUUCAUUCACACACAAGAGAAAAUGGAAGGUUCUGGAAGCGACGAUCAACUUCAACUUGCUCCCACUUCUGAAAUCGAAUCUCCGCUCUCUUCCGUCGUUUACGAGCUCUCACAACAAGUGCAACGGGCAAUGGAGAACAUGCUGAAGAUGAUAAACGAAAUUGAUCAGAGCUCUAAUGAAGUAACAGAAGACGUGGAGAAGUGCAAGGACUCUGCUCUUGAGAGGAGGAAAACUCUAGAGGAACAGAAGGAAGACUUUCAAAGAGCUGCUUAUGCUAUUUUGAACAUGCUGAAUAACUAGGAGAGUGGCUAAAAAUUGUGUAGAGGACGUCUCAGACAUUUUGACCCCAUCAUCCCUCAUAACGAUGUAAAAGUUGUAGAAUAUCCACAUUUCACUUACCUUUGAAGCAUUUCGGAAAAUAAAUUUGAGUCCUACACAUUAAAUAAGCGUUGCUUGAAUCUGAACAGUGAUAAUCGAUGUAUGUCUCUAUGAAUCAUGUGCCUUGCUGCUUGCUGACAAUCUUAAAAGUUGGGCUUUAUAGCCUCUUAAGGCAAGCUUUAACUCAGGUUCUUUUUCCUGGU